CCUGUCGAGAUGAGUGACACUUCAGAGGAUGACAAUGAGAUCACCUUUCAGGUUAAGUUCCUUGGGCGAGUUGAAGUAGUUCGCCCUGAUGGACUACAGAUCCUGGAUGAAGCAGCUCAGCGCCUCAAGACACCUGAUGAAUAUGUUCCAGAAAAGACAGCCAAGAAGAGCAAAGUUGACCUCUUCCUGUCUCUAAGUGGGAUAGACAUUUUGGAAAACAAAACCAAGUUCUUGUUGUACACAUGCCCUCUCUCCACUGUCUCCUUCUGUGCCCUGCUACCAUCCUCAACCAAAGUCUUUGGCUUCGUAGCCAGACACCCUGCAGCCGACAUGUACCACUGCUAUCUCUUCCAGAGCAAGAAAUUUUCUCAUGUGCUGGUCUCAAUUAUCGGUGAUGCUUUCCGAGCAUCGAAAAAGGAGAAAAGCAUCAGGGGAGGACGAGACCUUAUAGUGGAGGCUCUCAGACAUAAGAAUAAAAUGCUGCAGAGGGAGAAUUCAGAGCUGAAGAGGAGGCUCGAAGGACAAACUGACUAA